GGGGCUGUGACGGGAGCGAGGACGCGCGCGGAAUCGGUGGUGGUGGGGAGCGAGGACGCGCGCGGACGGCGCCGGGAGCGGGGGCGCGCGCGGGGCGACGGACGGCGGCGCGGCCGGUGUUUGGCUGGACCGUGACCGGUCGCACCGGAUGCUGCGCGGCCACCGAGUCCGGCAAGGUCCGGCGUGCGUGCUGGUGUUUGCUUGGAGUGACUUCACCAGACUGGCAAAGACUAAUCAACACUCGGCAACCUAUCUUGAGCUCUUGUCAUGUCGGCUGAUAUAUCAAUUACUGCUGUUCAGCCCUGUCGUGCAAGUCAUAAGGGGCGCAGCCGAUACAGAGUUGGAGCAAAGACCUCGUAUGUGGAUGAAACAUUAUUUGGCCAGUCUAGCAAGCUUCAGAAUUCAGUGGAUGAAUUUGAUCCACCAUGGGCUUCAACAUCCCAAUCCUGUUCUCAACAACCGUUACUGUGGAGUGCAAGUGUACACACAAGGGCGGAAGGAGAUACCAGCCAGAUUCCAGUCCCUCUCAAGUCUGGAGGUACACCAAUGAAAAAGAACAAAUAUAGAUUGAAAAGUUGGUGCUGUAAACCCAGCUAUUGCGAUGAGUCUCUUUUUGGCCCAAGGCAAAAUGAUGCAAGCUGGGAGGCACCAUGGACUGCAAAGGAUGACAAAAUUAAGAUACGUCCACUUCUGUGGACUCCUUCUCUGCACAAAAUUAGUUCAAAUGUAUUUCCUUCCAGCAGCAACCAGUUACCAUCUGCCAAAAGAAAUCCAAUGAAACCAUUUUGUCCAACCACUAAAGAAACUUCUUCUGACUUUAAUACUGAAUAUAAAGGCAAAACUGAUUACUGGAAGCGGCCAGAUAGUAAUAAUGCCUCCCCUAAUGGAACUCCAUUUCGAAGAAGGGCACAGUCUUUGACUAGGGUGCACAGUUCUAUAAAAGAGACUGUGAAGGAAGAUUCAAUACAGAAUGGCUCCAGGAUUGUAAAACAGUUGCAGGGUAGACCAAUUUCAGUUUCUGCUGGAUUCUCAGGCUUUAGACUAAGGUCAGGUAGUUUGUCAAAUUCUGCUGCAGCCAAUCGACUCAAGCCAAGUUCUGCCAAAUUGAACCCACCCUGGAAAUACUAAGGCUGUUUUGCUUUUGGAAGCUGGAGUAGAUGUUUUGCAGCCGUUUUGGAGUUGGAAGGGAACUAUAUUUUCAGAUCCUUAAAAUCCAAGAAAAUACCAAGUGUCAACUUAAAUCCAAACAAGAACAAAUUCAAAAAAAUUCUUAAUUAUGGAAAGCUAGAAGUUGUUGUUUUAGGGUGUAAGUUAAACAGACUGUGCUCACCAAAACUACUCUUCAUAACCAAGGGCAGCUUUGGCUUUUUUGUGCACGUAUAUAUGAAAGUGGAAGUCUAACUCCAGUUCACAGUAUUCUAGAUAUAGAUUAAAUUCCAACCAGCUUCUGGGAGAAAAAUUCCUUCCCCCUGAACAGAGAAAAAGAUGCCAAGUAGAGUCUGAUUGAAAGACCAUUUUGGAAGGAAGAGUGAGCAACAUAAAGGGAUUUUGCAUUUGUGAAAUAAAGCUAAUGAUAUAGGUACAGGUGAUAAUAAAGCUUUAAAAAUGCAUACAUUCUUUUAGGAGAUUGAUAUAUAAAAGUAGAAAGUUCAUACUAAGACAGUGGUGAGUUCAUGUCUAGAGCACUGUGAACUGAGGGUAGUUAUUAGAAGGUUCACCAGGAGUCUAGGACCACAAGGCAUGCCCUCAGAAUAAAACAGCAUCCAUUUAAAACUUUGAUAAGGAUAGUUGAGUGAAUGGCCCUAGAACUCUAUUGAAGCUAAAUUCUCAUGUAUAUUUAAAGCUGAGAUAGACUUUUAAUCAGUAAGAGAAUUAAGGAUUAUAGGGAAAGGGCAGAGGAGUAGGAAUGGGCUUGGAUCUUCUGGAGUGUUAGCCUAUUAAUGUUUGAUAUGAAGUUAACAUUUCUUACAAGGUUUGACAAGAUAGAUGUGGAGCAGAAGUUAAUCUAGCUGUGAUGUCUAAAAUCAGGUUUACACUAUUCAAAUAAGAUAUCAAAUAAUCAUUCUGAUACAGUUUUACCUGAGCCUGUCCAGAGUUGUGUUUUAAAAAAUCUAGACAUGUUGGAAGAAAAUACCAACUGUGCCCAUAUGAUGGAUAUUCAUUGUGGAAUGUCCUGUCAAAACCCAGGUUGCACUGGAAUCUUACAGCAGAUUCCAGUCUGCAAGUUCUGGAUGGAAAAAACUCCAAAGCCAAAUUAAAUCUUAACACUUUACCUUAAUGCAGUGUAGGGUAAAUGCUGUCCAGCAGUCAUACUGUGGGGAAAUAAGACUGGUUGGGAUUGUCCUAAAUAAAGAGACAAGCCUUGCUUAAUUUUCUUACCAUAUCAAUUUAUAGUUAUGUUUUUUCAAAGAUUCUUCUGCCUAUGAGAAAAGUAUCAGUCUCUGGUGCAGAACAGAGCUUAUAAUUAAAGCUAAGUCUUUAUUGCCUUUCUGAUGGGAAAAACUGUGUAUUCAGUGGUGAACUACUUUAAAAAAGACAUUAAAGCCAAGGUCUUGUGCAAAUAAGAAUGGUGUGUAAUUCUUGUGGUUGAUAUUUAUCAGAGUACUCUUUUGAAGGGCCUUAUUGCAUAUAUUUGCUAAGUCGUCUUGGUUCAUUGAUUACACAUUUUGCAAGAUUGGCACAAGGAAAAAAUUCAAGUUCAAAGUUAAAUUUAACUUUCUUCUUUUAAAUCAUAUUCAAUGUUUGUAGCCUACCUGUACUUUUUAUAAUGGAGCUACAGUAUGAUGUUACCUUUUACUCCUAUUCAAGUAUUUGUAAUUAUGGAUCUUUUGCUGUUUGCCUAUGUUAAUCAAAAGGAAUUCAUACUUGUGCUCAAUAUCAUUUAUACGAUUAAGAAUUAAAUUUCUCAAAUCAUGAGCUAUUGACAGAAGUAAUCUAACAUAUAUUAACACAAUAAACUGAGAUACUUAAAUCAUUUUUGUUUGGUGUAUUAUAUUCAUUAUCAUCUUGUGUUUACAAGCCAAAAAAUCUGUGCGUAUACUGAAUCCAUUAACUCUUUAAGAACAUAAAAAAAGCAAGAACAGCCCUUUAACCCCUUAAACCAGUUGUCAUUUAAAAAAAUGACAGCAAAUUACCCAACUUGCACAACUUCUCUCCACUAACAUUAUAUUCGGUAUCCCUUUAAUCCAUCUACAUUCACAGAAUGAUUUUCUGGCUUAGAAAUCAAGUGUGCCCAUGGACUGUUGUGAAAACCAGAUCAUGGCUUGGUACGAAGACGGGUAUCUCAUUGACAUGGGGUUCACUGCCCAAUAGAUUGGUGAUGGGCUCAUUUACAAACAAAAAGAUUAAGUCUGGGAACUUGGAUUUCUUGCUGAAGCUUUGCAUAGGCCCAGCUCUCGUACAUGAUUAGCAUAUAAUUAUAGUUUUAAAUGAUUUAUUUCCCUGCUUCAUUUCUCAGAGCUUAAUGCUGAUUUUGCAAUUUCAGUAUUUGCCGAAUUAAAAUAACAUGGCUAUUAAAAACCUGUGAUGACUGUCUAAGAAAGCAUUUAUGUAUUUCACGAUACAGGAUGGAGUAGGGCCUCCCAGCCCUUCAGGCCCCAGCAACUCCACAACCCUGAUUAACCCUAAUCACAGACAAUUUAGAAUGACCAAUGAACCUAUCUGAUAGGUAUUUGGACUGUGGGAGGAAACUGGAGCACCUAGGGAAAACCUAUAUUCCAAUAAGAUGUACAGAUUGACAUCAGAAUUUAACUCUGAACUCCAGAAUGUCCCAAGCUGUAAUAGUGCCCUGUUAACCACUCUGUGACUGUGGUACCCUUUACUUGCCAAAAUACUAUUGGGUGGAACAGUAGUUUGUAAUUGCUUUUCUCUAACAUGGUGGUGAAUUAAAAAUAAAGUAGCUAAUUGGAAGGAGAAGCUACCAUGACUCACUUCAUGAUGCUGUAAUUAGCCUGUUGCAAAGUACAGUCCCUCAACUUAGCAUAUUUGUACUCUGCCCCCGAACAUGGUCAUGAAUCUAAUGGUGGUAUAGGAGCUCAGCAAACACUCUUGAUCCCCAGAUCCUUGAUUUCUAGGUAAAGAAUCUGAGGUACAGAUAAGUUGCCCUCCAAUGAAAACAUCAAUGUUUAUGGCUGAGUAUCAUUUGAGGAGACAAAAAGACUAAAUGCUGGAAUUGGGGGGGGAAGAGAAAGCAAUCCUAGAAGAACAGCAUGUCAAGUGGAGACAAAAGAUGCAGUUCUGACAGAGUCUUUUAUGUCAACUUACACUUUC